CGAAUCGAUAUGACUCGCAUUGCAUUUUUAUUAUUAACUAGAAAUUUUAUUAAAAAAAUUUAGAAUUAAAUUUUUUUUUCUUUUUUUAUACAAACAAAAAUUUUAGUUGUCAAAAAUAGUUAAAAAAAUGACUAAAUCAGAAAAUUCUUUAACGAGUUAAUAAAAUUUUGUUAUCAUUAUUGUUAUUAUUUUUUAUUUUAACAUGGAGUUGAGUGAAUUUAUUAUUUUGUCACUAAUCGCAACUAUUUCAUGCAAAUUACCUCCUAGUGAUGACAAUAUUUUGCAUAUUGGAGGAAUAUUUCCUAUUGGAGGUGAAGGAGGAUGGCAAGGAGGUCAAGCAUGCAUGCCCGCGGCAAAUUUAGCACUAGACGAUGUCAAUCGUGAGAAAAAUUUACUACCAGGAUUUGAAUUAAAACUGCAUUCGAAUGACAGCGAAUGUGAGCCAGGUUUAGGUGCAUCUGUAAUGUAUAAUUUACUCUAUAAUGCGCCACAAAAACUAAUGUUACUCGCUGGUUGCAGUACUGUCUGUACAACAGUUGCAGAAGCAUCAAAAAUGUGGAAUUUAGUUGUCCUUUGUUACGGUGCAUCAUCUCCAGCAUUAUCUGAUCGUAAUAGAUUUCCAACGUUAUUUCGUACUCAUCCUAGUGCAACUGUUCAUAAUCCGACUCGAAUUAAAUUAUUUCAAAAAUUUGGAUGGUCGCGUGUCGCCAUCUUACAACAGGCUGAAGAAGUUUUUAUAUCUACCGUAGAAGAUUUAGAGGGCCGUUGCAAAGAGGCGGGCAUCGAAAUCGUGACACGUCAGAGUUUUCUAUCAGAUCCUGCAGACGCAGUGCGAAAUUUACGGCGGCAGGACGCGCGGAUCAUCGUGGGUCUAUUUUACGUUGUAGCUGCACGGCGAGUCCUCUGCGAAGUCUAUCAUCAGAAUUUGUACGGGAAAAGCUACGUCUGGUUCUUUAUCGGGUGGUACGAGGACAAUUGGUUUGAAAUAAAUUUAGACAAAGAGGGAAUAACUUGCACGAAAGAGCAAAUGCGUCAAGCGGCCGAGGGUCACAUGACUACGGAGGCCUUGAUGUGGAAUCAGAAUAAUGACACGACCAUAAGUGGCAUGACUUCUGAGGACUUUAGGAUGCGGCUUAAUAAAAUGCUCAAGGAGGAUGGUUAUGAUGUUGAUAAUAAUCGAUACCCAGAAGGUUAUCAAGAAGCUCCUUUGGCUUAUGAUGCCGUUUGGUCUGUUGCUUUAGCUUUCAACAAAACAAUGGACAAACUCUCAAAGUCAGGAAAGAGCCUGAAGAACUUCACUUACACCGACAAAGAAAUCGCCGACGAAAUCUACUCAGCCAUAAACUCGACCCAAUUUCUCGGCGUCUCCGGAUACGUCGCCUUCAGUUCUCAAGGAGACCGAAUAGCCUUAACCCAAAUCGAGCAGGUGAUCGACGGGAAGUACGUGAAGCUGGGGUACUACGACACCCAGAGUGACAAUCUGACCUGGAAGAACAUGGAGCGAUGGAUCGGGGGGAAAGUACCCCAAGACCGUACCAUAGUCCGGAAGGUUCUACGAACCGUCUCGACGCCGCUCUUCGCCUGCAUGAGCGCUUGCUCUGCCCUCGGGAUCUUGAUCGCCAUCUUGCUGAUAAUCUUCAACGUCUGGAACCGUCACCGACGUGUCGUUCUCUCCUCCCACCCAGUCUGCAACACGAUAAUGCUCGUCGGGGUCAUCAUCUGCUUCAUCUCCGUGUUCCUUCUCGGCCUCGACGGACAUUUCGUCUCACCCGGGGAGUACGCCCACGUCUGCCAGGCCCGUGCUUGGAUGCUAUCCAUCGGAUUCACUCUCGCCUUCGGUGCCAUGUUCUCCAAAGUAUGGCGCGUCCAUCGCCUGACCACCAAGACCAAGGCCGACCAAGCGAAGCUCUUCAUGGCCAAGCAAAAGGUCUCCAGCGUCCAGAAGAACAUCCAGCCCUGGAAGCUCUACACUAUGGUCAGCGCCCUUCUGGUCAUCGACUUCAUCAUUCUCGGUGCCUGGCAGGGUCUCGAUCCUCUCCAGCGUACCAUUGAAAUCUUCCCACUGGAGCCUUCACCUCACGGGGACGAUGAUGCCAAAAUUAGUCCCGAACUCGAGCACUGCGAGAGUGAAAAUAACGGAAUCUGGCUGGGUCUCAUCUACGGCUACAAGGGAAUUGUCCUAGUCUUUGGCCUCUUUCUGGCCUACGAGACCCGCAGCAUCAAAGUAAAGCAGAUAAACGACUCCCGUUACGUCGGGAUGUCAAUUUACAAUGUCGUCAUCUUGUGUCUCAUCACUGCCCCAGUGACGAUCGUCAUCGCGAGCCAACAGGAUGCCAGUUUUACUUUCGUUGCCUUGGCAAUUAUUUUCUGCUGCUUCUUGAGCAUGGCCCUUAUUUUUGUGCCCAAGGUAAUUGAGGUCAUCAGGCAUCCGCGAGAUAAAGCCGAGUCCAAGUACAAUCCGGACAUGGGAAUGUCCAAAGAAGACGAGGAACGAUACCAGAAGCUCGUCAACGAGAAUGAUGAGCUUCAAAGAUUAAUCGCACAGAAAGAAGAGAAAAUCAAAGUACUGAAGCAGAGAUUGGCGGAACGGGAUGUUGUGAAAGGUGGCGCUGUAAGCGGAUCUAAUUUUGGAGCUGGUCAAGGGGGCGCUGCGGCAGGUGGUAAUGUACCAAAAGACUCGCUGAUUGUCGCGGACUUUGUUACCGGCGAGGGGACCUCUGAUAGUGCAAUCGGUGGGGGUAUUUCUGUUUACACGAGAUCUUCACGUGCAUCCGCAUCUGAUUUUGAAUUUUCAGAGUCAUAUCUUUAAUUUAAUAAUAAUUUUUUUACUGCACUAUCCCACUUAUUUUUAAAAUAAACUCAAAAUGUGUGUCAAUUUUCUAAAUAAUUUCCCAUGUCUUAAUGCAAAUAAUUAACUUAUUAUUAUUGAUAUUUAAUGAGUUUUGAAGAUGUUCGUUUUUAAAAAGGGGGUUAAUAUCUCGGAAACUAAUCGAUUUAGAGGAAAAUUUUACUGGACUAAAGUUGUAGAGAAUCAAAUUUCCGGUGGAAAGAGUACCCACAAGCCCUAUGUGUAACAAAUAUUUAUCAACAUCAUCACAAUAAUGACAUAUAUUGUGAUUGAAGUAUUUAUUUCAUAAACUAUUGAGUUUAGGGCGAAAUUUCGAAGGGUUAAAGUUGUAGAGAAUCAAAUUUCCGGUGGAAAGAGUACCCACAAGCCCUAUGUGUACUAAAUAUUUACCAACAUAAUCACGAUAAUUAAAUUUUAUGCCAUUAAAAUAUUUAUUUUAUAAGCUAUUGGGUUUAGAAGAAAAUGUUACAGGACCAAAGUUGUAGAGAAUUUAAUUUCCGGUGGAAAGAAUACCCACAAGCUCCAUUCACUACAAAUAUUUUUUCAAAUAAUCAUAAUAAUUGCAUUUCUGAUACCUGAUAUAUUUAUCUCAAAAACUAUCAAUCUUACGAUAAAAAUUUAUCAGUAAGAAAUUAUUCUAAAUCAAAUUCCCUGUAGAAAGAGUACCCACAAGCUAUAAUUACUAUCAAUAUUUACAUGAGUCAGUUAAUUAUUUGCGGUUAUUAAGACGAUUUGGUGAAAUUUAAAAGUUUAAGCAAAAAAAAAAUAUAUAUAUAAAUGUUUAAAUAAUUGUAAUUAUUAUAAAAUAGGCCUAUAUAUAUUUUUUGGUCUUUAUUAUAGUUAAUAUAUAAUAAAAAAAAAUUUGACGAAAGUACAGACCUAAAAAAAUAUAAAAAAAAUUAAUUGAGAUUUUAUUAAUUUUGAUAUUUUUUUAAUGGAAAAAAUAUUUAAAAAUGUUUAUACAUAAAUAUAAUAAUAAUGAUAAUUUAUUAUUUAUCAAUAAUUAUUUAUCUGGGUCCAAAUGAUAACAAUCAGCGAAUUUUUAACAGAAAAUAUUUAAAACAUUUUUUAUUAAUCGUCUUCCGAUAGAUUAUUAAAUUGCAUGUCGCACGAUCUAUUAGUUUUAUUUAUAAUUACUGAGCUAAUAAGUCAUGAGAAAUUUUUUUUAUUUAUUUUUGAUCCGAAGUAAUUUUUAAAUUUUUACAAUUAAGAGUUAGGACGUGAGUUCAAGUUAUGAUCUGGAGAUUUAAAGGUAGGAAUUGACUUUUAGGGAGAGAAUUCGAGAAAAAUCGGGAAAUCAAUUGGAGACUGCCCUAGCAGAUCCGAAUUACGGUAAAUUACAGCAAUUUGUCGUAAAUUACCGCAACUUACCGUAAUUUCGCCGAAAAUCGACGGUAAUUUACCGCAAAUUACCGCAAUUUACCGUAAAUUGCGGCAAAUUACCGUACCUUACGGUAAUUU